AUGGCGCGUGAGAGCAGAGCCGAUGCGAUGAGUAGCCCAUCUUCAGAUGCCUGGUCCAGUGAUGAGUACAAGCCUCCUCUACAUUAUCCAGCAACGUUUCAGUAUUUUCUGACACAUACCAAACAGAGCUUCAGCACAGUGACUUGGAGGCUGAGGCUGAUGGUCCCAUGGACAAGCCCCCUGAUGGUGAGUCUAACACCUGAGACACAUGACUGCAUGUCUGAUGAAGAGGAGCUAGAGCCUACCUCCACAAAGGCCCAGAAAAACAAACGGACCAAGAGGAUAGAUGCGUGUGCUGAAGUGUCUGAUGAAGAGGAGCUAGAGCCGACCUCCACAAAGGCCCAGAAAAACAAACGGACCAAGAGGACAGAUGCGUGUGCUGAAGUGUCUGAUGAAGAGGAGCUAGAGCCGACCUCCACAAAGGCCCAGAAAAACAAACGGACCAAGAGGACAGAUGCGUGUGCUGAAGUGUCUGAUGAAGAGGAGCUAGAGCCGACCUCCACAAAGGCCCAGAAAAACAAACGGACCAAGAGGACAGAUGCGUGUGCUGAAGUGUCUGAUGAAGAGGAGCUAGAGCCGACCUCCACAAAGGCCCAGAAAAACAAACGGACCAAGAGGACAGAUGCGUGUGCUGAAGUGUCUGAUGAAGAGGAGCUAGAGCCGACCUCCACAAAGGCCCGGAAAAACAAACGGACCAAGAGGACAGAUGCGUGUGCUGAAGUGUCUGAUGAAGAGGAGCUAGAGCCGACCUCCACAAAGGCCCAGAAAAACAAACGGACCAAGAGGACAGAUGAAGCUUCUAGAAACCCAAAGAAACCCUGGAGUGAGGAGGAGAGCCGUGGAGAAGAGGAUGGGGAAGUACCUGGCUCUGUGUGCUGUGCCUCACACAGGAGUCUGCAGCCCUCAUCAACAGAACCUGGAAGGACCUCAAACUGCCCAGAGCCCGGACCAUCUCAGUCAAACUCCUUCUAUAAAUAUCAGCAGGUGUCAGUGGGAGCCGCCAAGUGCCUCCACACGCAGCCGCUCGCUCAUCCGCUCUCCACAAUAAAACCUUUUGUCACCUCUGUGGAAGCGGUGCAGGGGUCAGGCGGUGCAGGGGUCAGGCAGUGCAGGGGUGAGGCGGUGCUGGGGUCAGGCAGUGCUAGAGUCAGGCAGUGCUGGGGUCAGGCGGUGCAGGGGCGGUGCUGGGGUCAGGCGGUGUUGGGGUCAGGCGGUGCUGGGGUCAGGCGGUGCAGGGGUCAGGCGGUGCAGGGGUCAGGCAGUGCAGGGGUCAGGCAGUGCAGGGGUCAGGCGGUGCUGGGGUCAGGCAGUGCUAGGGUCAGGCAGUGCUGGGGUCAGGCAGUGCUGGAGUCAGGCGGUGCUGGGGUCAGGCGUGCGGGGUCAGGCGGUGCUGGGUCAGGCGGUGCUGGGGUCAGCAGUGCGUGUGGGGUCAGGCAGUGCUGGGGUCAGGCGGGUGUGGGGUCAGGCGGUGCAUUGGGCGGGGUCAGGCAGUGCUGGGGUCAGGCGUGUGGUCAGGCUGGGUCAGGCAGUGCUGGGUCAGUGCAGGGGUCAGGCAGUGCAGGGGUCAGGCGGUGCUGGGGUCAGGCAGUGCUAGAGUCAGCAGGCUCAGGCAGUGCUGGUCAGGCAGUGCUGGGGUCAGGCAGUGCUGGGGUCAGGCGGUGCUGGGGUCAGGCAGUGCUGGGGUCAGGCGGUGCUGGGGUCAGGCAGUGCUGGGGUCAGGCAGUGCUGGGGUCAGGCGGUGCUGGGGUCAGGCAGUGCUGGGGUCAGGCGGUGCUGGGGUCAGGCAGUGCUAGAGUCAGGCAGUGCUGGGGUCAGGCGGUGCAGGGCCACAGCGCUCCCUCCAGCCCACCCGAAGCCCCUGUGUCCUGCGCCCCCCCUGCUGCCCCGGCUCUCAUGACGGGCGGCCGCUUCGACUUUGACGAUGGGGGGACGUACUGCGGAGGCUGGGAGGACGGCAAAGCCCACGGCCACGGAGUAUGCACGGGACCCAAGGGGCAGGGGGAGUACUCCGGCUCCUGGUCCAACGGCUUCGAGAUAGUGGGCGCGUACACCUGGCCCAGCGGGAACCAGUACCAGGGCUACUGGGCUCAGGGCAAGCGCCACGGGCUGGGCGUGGAGAACAAGGGCCGCUGGAUUUACCGGGGCGAGUGGACGCACGGCUACAAAGGGCGUUACGGGCUGCGCCAGAGCCUCAGCACUCCAGCCAGGUAUGAGGGCACCUGGACCAACGGGCUGCAGGACGGGUACGGGGUGGAGACGUACGGGGAUGGAGGGACCUACCAGGGCCAGUGGACGGGUGGCAUGCGUCAUGGCUACGGUGUGCGCCAGAGCGUCCCGUAUGGAAUGGCGUCGAUGAUCCGCUCGCCGCUGCGCACCUCUCUGGCUUCACUCCGCAGCGAGCAGAGUAAUGGCACGGUGCUGCGCGAGACGCUCUCCGACAGCCCGGCCGGGACACGGGGUGGCUUCGUGCUCAACUUCCACUCCGAGAGCGACGCCGGCGAGAAGAAGAAAGGCUUGUUCCGCCGUGGCUCCAUCUUCGGGAGCCUCCAGCGCUUACGCAAAUCCGAAUCGCGCUCUUCCAUCUCCAGCAAACGCAGCUCCGCAAACUCCGACACCACCAUGAGCCGCAUCAGCUCCAGCGACGCCAACUCCACCAUCAGCUUCGGCGAUGACGACUACCUGCCCCUGGAGGACAACGUGGACGCCACCACCACAGAGUCUUACAUGGGCGAGUGGAAGAACGACAAACGCAGCGGCUUUGGGGUCUCUGAGCGCUCCAACGGCAUGAAGUACGAGGGCGAGUGGCUCAACAACAAGCGCCACGGCUACGGCUGCACCAUCUUCCCAGACGGGAGCAAAGAGGAGGGCAAGUACAAGAACAAUGCACUGGCUCGGGGAAUCCGUAAGCAGCUCAUCCCGCUCAAGAACGCCAAGACCAAACAGAAAGUGGAUCGGGCCAUAGAGGGCGCCAUCAGGGCCGCCGCCAUCGCCAGAACCAAAGUAGAGAUCGCUGUGUCAAGGACAGCUCAUGCUCGUGCCAAAGCUGACGCCGCUGACCAGGCUGCCCAGUCAGCCUAUCAGGACUCAGACAUUGCCCGAGCUGUGGCCCGAGAGCUGGCUCCAAGCUUCCACCAGCCUGGUCCUGACUACAUCCGGCAGAAGUACAACGAGCCCGUGGAGGUGAAGGAGGUGUUGGAGGAGCAGAAGGAGAAGUCCCCCUCUGGAAGCCCUCACUUCUACAGGAAAGGCACCACACCCAACACCUCCCCCACCCAAAGUCCUACCACCAGCCCGCCACCCUCCCCCCCACCCCCUCCACCCCCUCCACCCCCACCAAAGAAGACUCUCACGCCCACGCCUGCCCCAUCCAAGCCCACAGCCAAGGAGCACAAAGCGGCCACUCCUGAGGCCGUCACAGCAGGUAUCACGAAGGCCGCGUCCAAAGUCUCCUUGAAACAGGAAGUGAAGCCCGCUGAACCCCUCCCCAUCAAGCCCCUGCCCCCCGCCUCCUCCUCGGCGUCCAACCCCAGUAACGGGCAGAUCCACUCGCAGUUCCACAGUUACUACGUGAAGGCCGAGGUCAAAGCCCCACCGCCCGAGGAGCUGGAGGGCCUGGAGGACGACUUCCACCCCUCCAGCCUCGCACGCAUACCCUCUCCCUCCAAGACGUAUGGACCUGCCAAGGCCCCAGUCGCCCCCAGCCCGUCCCCAGGACCCCCCAAUGACCCCCCCAAACCUGUGGAUGCCAAGCCCAAGAGACAGGAGUCUACCAAACCAAAAAGCCUGGCGGAAACCAAGAAAGCCAGCAUGGAAAUCGUGCAAGACAUAAUUGAGGAGGAGACGGGUCCGAACUCCAUCCUGGUGGCUCUUGUGAUGCUUAUCAAUGUUGGUCUAGCAAUUAUUUUUGUCCAUUUUCUCACCUGA